AGAGAGAAGGGUUUGGGGUUUUCUCUCCCUCUUUUCGUUUGAGCGCUCUGAAGGAUGGUUUUGAUCGUGAGCUUCGGCAUCUUCCUGCUUCUCUCUCACCGGGUACUCAACGCCGACAGUCACCUUCCCACAGAAGUGGUUCUGCUAGACACAACAGCUGCACUUGGAGAACUUGGAUGGAAAGCAUACCCAUUAAAUGGGUGGGAUGCUAUCCCAGAAAUGGAUGAACGCAACAGUCCCAUCCACACCUACCAGGUUUGCAAUGUGAUGGAACCGAAUCAAAACAACUGGCUGCGAACAAACUGGAUUUCCCGUGAGGCAGCGCAGAAGGUGUAUGUGGAAUUAAAGUUCACCCUAAGGGACUGUAACAGCAUUCCCUGGGUUCUUGGAACAUGCAAGGAAACAUUCAACCUGUAUUACAUGGAAUCAAAUGAGUCUCAUGGAAUUAAAUUCAAACAAAGCCAAUAUACUAAAAUUGAUACAAUUGCAGCCGAUGAGAGCUUUACACAAAUGGAUCUAGGAGACCGUAUACUUAAGCUAAACACUGAGAUCCGUGAGGUUGGGCCAAUAACCAAAAAGGGAUUUUAUUUGGCCUUUCAAGAUAUUGGAGCUUGCAUUGCUCUGGUCUCAGUGCGGGUGUACUAUAAAAAAUGCCCAUUUACUUUUCGCAAUCUGGCGAUGUUUCCUGACACUAUCCCCAGAGUUGACUCUUCAUCUCUCGUCGAAGUUCGAGGCUCCUGCGUAAAGAAUGCAGAGGAGAAAGAUACGCCAAAACUCUACUGUGGUGCCGAUGGAGACUGGUUGGUUCCUUUGGGAAGAUGUGUGUGCAGUAUUGGCCAUGAGGAAGUUGACGGAGCUUGCUACGCUUGCAGACCGGGAUUCUACAAAGCUUUUGCUGGAAAUCUCAAGUGCUCCAAAUGUCCUCCGCACAGCUUCUCCCAUGAUGAUGCAUCAGAAGUGUGUGAGUGCGAGAAAAAUUACUUCAGGGCAGAGAAAGACCCACCUACCAUGGCUUGCACAAGGCCCCCUUCUACCCCUCGAAAUGUAAUUUUUAACAUCAAUGACUCCUCGCUGAUCCUGGAAUGGAGCCCACCAGUUGACACAGGGGGACGGAAGGACCUGACCUACAACGUCAUCUGUAAGAUGUGCGGCUUGAGCCCAAAGAAAUGCUCGCUGUGUGGAGGCGGGAUGCGAUUUUUGCCCCGUAACACAGGUCUAACGAAUACCUCCGUGACCGUUGUGGAUUUUCUUGCUCACAUGAACUACACGUUUGAAAUCGAGUCAGUGAAUGGGGUUUCCGGUGAGAGUAUGGUCCCCAGACAGUUUGCAAUUUUCACCAUCAUCACUAAUCAGGCAGCUCCCUCUCUGGUUGGGUUUCUGAGGAAAGACUGGGCAUCCCAGAACAGUAUUGGUCUGUCAUGGCAGGAACCUGAGCAUCCAAACGGAGUCAUUCUGGACUACGAGAUAAAGUACUAUGAAAAAGAACACGAACAGCUCAGCUACUCCUCCACAAGAUCCAAGUCUCCUAGUGUAAUCAUUAAUGGACUGAAGCAGGCUACGAAAUAUGUAUUUCAGAUCCGUGCCCGAACUGCAGCUGGAUAUGGCCGUUACAGUCAGAAGUUUGAGUUUCAAACCGGAGAUGAAUCAUCUGAUAUUGCCACAGAACAGGGGCAAGUCUUGGUCAUAGCAACCGCUGCAGUUGGAGGCUUCACUCUCCUUGUUAUCCUGACCCUCUUCUUCCUCAUCACUGGCAGGUGUCACUGGUACAUUAAAGCAAAAAUGAAAUCUGAAGAGAAGAGGAGAACGCAUUUCCAAAACGGUCACAUCAGAGUCCCAGGGAUAAGGACAUACAUUGAUCCAGAUACUUAUGAAGACCCAUCUCAAGCAGUGCAUGAAUUUGCGAAAGAAAUAGACCCCUCCAGAAUUCGCAUAGAGAGAGUGAUUGGAGCAGGGGAGUUUGGAGAGGUUUGCAGCGGUCGCCUGAAGACACCUGGGAAAAGGGAGAUUCCCGUGGCCAUCAAGACUUUAAAAGGAGGUUACAUGGACAGACAGCGGAAGGACUUCCUCAGAGAAGCAAGCAUCAUGGGGCAGUUUGACCACCCUAACAUCAUUCGUUUGGAGGGAGUCGUUACAAAAAGCCGGCCAGUCAUGAUAGUCGUGGAAUACAUGGAAAAUGGAUCCCUGGACUCAUUUCUGAGGAAACAUGAUGGACAUUUCACGGUUAUCCAACUAGUGGGCAUGCUUCGUGGAAUAGCAUCUGGCAUGAAAUACCUGUCUGACAUGGGAUAUGUACACCGGGACCUGGCAGCUCGCAAUAUACUUGUCAAUAGUAACCUUGUCUGCAAAGUGUCAGACUUUGGUCUUUCCAGAGUGUUAGAAGAUGACCCAGAAGCUGCUUAUACAACCACUGGCGGAAAGAUUCCUAUUCGAUGGACUGCACCCGAAGCAAUAGCCUACAGGAAGUUCUCUUCAGCAAGUGACGUGUGGAGUUAUGGGAUUGUAAUGUGGGAAGUCAUGUCAUAUGGGGAACGACCUUACUGGGAGAUGUCCAACCAAGAUGUAAUUUUAUCGAUAGAAGAAGGCUAUCGACUUCCUUCUCCCAUGGGCUGCCCGGCCACCCUCCAUCAGCUCAUGCUUCAUUGUUGGCAAAAAGAACGUAAUCACAGGCCAAAGUUCACGGACAUUGUCAGCUUCUUGGACAAGGUGAUUCGCAAUCCCAGCAGCCUUCAGAGCUUAGUGGAAGAAGUACAUGGGUUGCCAGAAUCACCGAGUGAACUCCCAGAAUUCUCUUUCUUCGUCUCAGUGAAUGAUUGGUUGGACUCAAUUAAGAUGGAUCAGUACAAGAACAAUUUCAUGGCUGCGGGCAUCACCACUCUGGAUUCUGUCACAAGGAUGAGUAUUGAUGACGUGAGAAGAAUUGGAGUCACAUUAAUAGGACAUCAAAGGCGAAUAGUGAGCAGUAUACAGACUUUAAGACUGCACAUGUUCCACGUACAGGAGAAAGGAUAUCAUGUGUGAAUUCUCUUUGAAUGCCGUUGAGUAGUGUCUCAGCAAUUGCAGUGGGAGAACAUUUUAUAACUACAAUGCCUAGCUUUGUCUAUUUCGAUAUGUUAUCAGACGUUGACAGUUGGCAUAUUCUUCAUUUGGACAAGUUUUCAAUACGAAUGUUAAUCCUCUACAAGUUUCCAUCCUUUAGCUAAAACUUUACAAAGCAGUUACCCGUAUAGCUUACAAAUAUUGCUAAUAAAGUGGAGUCCGACACACACUUAUUGCCAAUUUUCCCAUUGUUAUUUAAAGAAGACUUCAUGUGUAGCUGAAUACCUCUUACUGUAAUAUUCUCAUAGCCAAGUGGCUGCAACAGUAUUGAUACAUUUAGAAUUAUAGUUUGAGAGGCAAUCUCUUUUCCAUGUUUGUGACUGUUUAGCUGCUAAUAUCAAAUGUGCAAUCAAAAAUUUGACUCUAAUAUGUUGUUCUUUUUGUAAUUUAUCAGUACAGAAUUUAAAGGUUUGUUUUAUCUUUUUGUUUUAUAUAAUUAAUUCUUGGUAUGCUAGUACAUGGACAAACUAGGGAUCAACUGAAAUUGAAGGCAUCCAAUCUAAAACUAGCUUGCAUAACGAAAGGGCGAAAUGGAUCUGAUGGGGAGAUUGCAUGUUCAUUGUAUUUUUUGUUGGUUUUCAUGCUUCCAAUCACAAGUUUAAUAUUAUCAACAAUCUCUUGACUUUAAGGAUCCGUAAGUCCUUACUCUGUGAUCAUUUUGUUGAUCUUCUCACCACCCCCACCCCCCCCCCC